AUGCGCGCGCCCUCCCGUGUGGUCGGCCUCGGGUGCCUCGCGCGCGUCAUCGAAAAUUGGCUUCGGUCCGUUGAUUGGAUUCCUCAAUGUCUUGGAGUCCAAUUCUCUGCUAGCCAUGGAGGAUCAUUGACUGGCACCACAGGAUAUCUUCAUGAAGGGGCAUUUGCAUUAUCUGUUAGUAAUACUACUACAAAAGAACAGACUACAAAAGGAACAUCUGAAGGCACAAUUUUCAGAAAAGGAUUUUCCAGUAUUGAUGAAAGGUCUUCCUAUCUUUUACAUGGCUUCAGGCUGGUACGAAGAUUGGCAUUCAGUGUGCGAGAUCAGUGGAUUCUGUUUUCAAAUGAAGUGCAUGCCAAACUAACCAGGAUCUUACAUCGUUUCUGGACAACACUACAGGGAUCUUGUGAAGAUAUAGGAUGGUUGCAAAGAACUCGGGCAUCACUUUGUUCGGUUGAUGGGACAGGCCUUUUUAGCAACCACAGUCCACUUUACUUCACCAAUACGAAACGGUUCUUUUCAAAAAUGGGAUUGGCUUGCCAUAUUGCAAAAAUUCAUAGCGAGGCAUCAGUGGAGAAUAACGCGUGGGAACUGAAACGAUACAUUGAGGAGCUCUACUGGGGAUCUGGUAAGCAGGUUCUGCUCCUUGGCCAUAGCAAAGGUGGAGUUGAUGCAGCUGCAGCUCUUUCGUUGUACUGGUCUGAGCUCAAGGGUAAGGUUGCUGGCCUGGCGUUGGUUCAGAGCCCAUAUGGUGGCACUCCAGUCGCCUCCGAUAUCCUUCAAGAAGGCCAGAUUGCUGAUAAGGAGACAAGGAGGAUCAUGGAGCUCAUCGUAUGCAAACUAAUAAAGGGUGACAUCAGGGCCUUGGAGGACCUCACAUAUGCUAAGAGAAAGGACUUCAUCUCCAAGCACAAACUCCCCAUCGAUGAGCUGCCGAUCAUCUCCUUCCACACCGAAGCCAGCACCGCGCCCACAGUGCUCGCGUCACUGACCCGUGUCGCCCAAGCGGAGCUCCUCCCAUGGCUUCCCCUGCCACGGUUCUUCCUAUCUACAUCCGACUUUGUCGAGUCAAUGCUCGCCUCUCUGAAGGUCCCCGUGGUCGCGCCUGUGUCGGCAGCCAUGGCGGUCACAGCCCUCCACCUGCGUCUGCGCUAUGGGGAGAGGAGUGACGGGCUGGUGACACGGCGCGACGCCGAGGUACCUGGGUCAGUGGUGUUGAGGCCCGAGAGAAGGCUGGACCAUGCGUGGAUGGUUUACUCCACGCUGAAGAUGGGCAGCGCUGAGGCCGAUGCAAGUGAGAUGUGCGAGGCUCUGCUGGCCAUGCUCGUUGAGAUUGGCAAGAAGAAAUUUCGCUGA